ACGACCACCACCCCACGACUGUCAGGAAUUCAGGAAUUGAAUUAUUGCAAAGAGGAAGGAAGUUGCAUAUUUGCGAAUUCUGCGUUUGUUAAUGUGUCGAUUUGUUAACCGAUGAAUCAUAAAAUCUCUAUGCAUAAAACUCAUCUUCAGAGGAUGCUCCGUGACCGCUACGUCAUUUAAUUUGCUUUCAAUACCGCUCGUCAAACUCUCCUUACUAUCAUUACUACUGACGAAAGUAAUGGCUGGGUGCUCCAGAAUUUCACAUCAAUUGCUGGCUGCGGCGAUAUUCUGGACGUUUUUUACGUUAGUAGUUAACGAAGAAGUGCCAACAGAUCGGAAAGAUGUUCCCCGAUAUUCAUUUCUUAUGCCGGCUAUCAUUUGGGACCCAAGGAACCCGUUAUUCAAUUGCCCGAGUAGAGGCAUCAACACAAUUAAUGUAAGGAUGAAUGACUAUGUCAUAUUUGGAUGUCCUGCAGAAGGAAAAAACCUUGAGUGGUUUGACAGUGCAAGCACCUUACACUCAGAGAUGUAUGAAAAUGGAUUUCUUACAGAGAAUAAAACACUUUUAGAUCAAUGCAAUGCUACAAGUUUUAGCAAGAAGUUUUUGAAUUGCAAUAAUCCAAAGUCCCCAAUAUUUCGCACUAUUAGAGUGGCUCAGAUGGUAGCAAGUGAUGAUGAACCAAUUUUUGCUUACAACAAAGAAUAUUAUUUGUUUGGCACAGGAACAGGACGGGUUGGUGAUAUCGAUCAAAGACAGGGUGGUCGAUGUGCUGGUCAAGACAGUUCAGGUUAUCCCAUUCACAAAUUGAGGCUAAAGUUAAAAGUUUGUGCAGAGGGUGAAGCUGGAACAGCCAACUGUCCCAUAUGCCUAACAGCUGAUUGUUAUAACAAAGGCUGUGGAAACAUUACAUCGGAGAAUACCACCCACUACCAUAAAAUUGACUAUUUAUUCCCACCCAAUAAUGCAGCGAAAGCAAGUCCGCAAAUUUGCAAAAAGAUUGUCAAACGGAACUGUAGUAAUAGCGUGACUGGCUGCCCUAAAUCAAGCAUAGAGGAAGAAAGCAUUGAAUGCCCCCGGGCAACUACUGAGCCAAUUUGUGACGAAACAUGGACUGAUGGGACGCAGACAUUUUACAACCAAACUGGUAGUUGCUUCCGAAAAAGGUUCAAAAACUGCACUGUUGGCUCUCUUGAAAAGUACAACUUCACGAAAUUGGAGAUAUACAGGGUGCAAUGCCCCCCAACCACAGCUCCACCAACAACUAUGCCACCAUCUAUUCCACUGUGGCAAAAUGUGAGUGGGGGACUCAAGUACCUUACAAACAAGACUCAUUGUUUUAGACUCCAGCAACGCAAGUAUGAAUCUUGUCGGCAAAACAUAACAGAGAUGAGAAUUUUGGCAGCGCCUUGUCCAUCACCAAGUACUUCAGUGCUACCGACUUCUUCCUCUUCAGCUUAUUCUCGCUCUGUUUUAACGUCUUGCUCUGCCCAAACUACGACAGUAGUUCUAACAUCUACAAUCGUAUCGGUAUAUUCUGUUGAAGCAACAAAGAGCUGCGCUUCCACGUCGUUGGCAAGAGAAGCUGCCUCCACACUCGGCUCUCCGCUGCCUCAGGUUUUAAGCAGCGCAGCGGCUACCAAAUCAAGCAGCGCAGCCGUGACCCAGCCAAGCAGCCGCAUUGGUUCUUCGCCACAAACAAGCAGUAUAGGGUCUACCCAACCCACUAAAAGCUCAAUACCAGAGCCAUCAAGCACCGGGCCAGCACCUCCCAGCGGAGGCAAAAGCACUGGCAACGCAGAAUCAAGCGAUGCCAAGAGCUACAUCAUACCAGUUGUAUCGGCAAUUUUUGGCUGCAUAUGUGGCGCCCUUGCUGUUUGGUACUACAUGCACUUGAAGCAGAAGCGUGUGUCCACAGAUGAUGACAUUCUCGAUUCUGGAUCAAGCAUAACCAUGGUAACAGAUACAGGCUCGGGGAUAAAAAACAAGGGGUACCGCAUGAGCACCCUCAAGGCAUCGCAAGGAACCUGACGCAGCCAUCGUUUUGUAUUAGUGUGUUUGUAUAGUUGCAGUUGCGGCCGUCUUCUUAUCAGAAAUUUCUUAAAUCGCUCGUUUUGUUUAGUAAUGUAUAUAAAUAGAAUAGUCAAUUUUCAAAGUAUCUUCACAGUGGUUAUUUUUUUAUUUAAUUUGGAAUCGGAAGUAUCUUGGCAUAUUGAUUAAAAUGAUUCCCGAGUGCAGCUUAUUUUGCUUCAAGAUAUGUUGACGGCUCAUUUCCGAAUUUCACGAUGUAAUAUCUUUUUAGAUAGAGAAGCAAGCGCUGGUUUUGCCUAACUGUGUAAUCAUCUAAAGGUAUUAAACAGCCAAUUCUUCACGAGCUAAUUGUUUAUAGUCGUAUAAUAGGAAAUAAUUCGGUAAUUACAGUGAAUAGAGAAAAUGUGAUGAUAAGAUUUAAAUGAACACGUUCAUGUCAUAAUCUGACUUGCUCUUUCCCUAUCGUCAAGUGAGUCAGUCUCUUUUGCACUUUUACGGAUGAGCCAGUAGUUGCUUUGAAAUAUGAAGGUGGGUGUAGAUUUUAUCGUGUCACCUAUCAGCCUGCUCGCAGAACCAACUGGUUUUCCCAGAGGCUAGUCACUUAUAUGAUAAAGUAAAGAUCUUUUUCAAGGGGUACACUAUUUCAGUGUAGAUUUAACUGACAAUAUGGGUAGUGUUGUAAAUAUUUUUGCGAUUUCACCGUCGUUCUAAUAUAUUUAGUAUUUCGAAUAUGAAGAGAAUUACUGGCUGGAUCAAGAUUUAUGUCCCUCAACUGUUGUAAUUUUUUGUCGUUUUCAAUCGGGACAGUAUCUAGUUGUCAUAUCGUCUUAAAAUCAUAAAUAAACAUGUACAUGUUGCUGGUAAAUUCCUUGAAACUUGCAUUCCCAGAAAAAAACAUAGUGAUAGAGUUUGAUUUUUUUAUCUAGACUCGUCUGUGAUUACCCCAGUAAAAACAAGCCCCCCCCCCCUCCUGAAUGUUGAACGAUAGACUUUUAAAUGCUUUAAAUUCUCUUGUUUUGCAGUGACAAUCUUCUUUGUUUUUUAACCAGCUGUACUGUACUGCGAAUUUUUCUGAAGCCAAGUUAGCAUAUUGAAUCGUAUAGGAUUGCUAUCAGUAUUGUCAAAAGUUGCACAUGUUUAAACAAGGUGGGCAGACUGCUUACCCAGAUUCAAGCCUUUUCCGAAUUCUGUUGUAAAAUGUAGUUUCAAUCUCAAGUACCACUUCUAAAAGCAAACGUCAAUGUAAUAUUGAUUUUAUAUACAUUAAAAGUGACAGUUCCCAUUUUAACAGUAUCACGGUGUCAUUUUCCUUUAUUUGAUAAUCUAAGUUCAGACAUGGUUCAAGUAAAAUUUAGUUUAACUAUAUUUGAAAACUAACAAAUUUGUAUUAAGUUUUUUCUCAAACUUUAUUCGAGGUUAUUGUGCUUCUCGUCGGUAAA